AUGAAGAUCCUCCUCAUCGUCACUCUCUACCUGAUCUCAGGUCCAGUAGACUGUUCUGAUGUGAUUGGUUACUCAGGAGGAAGUGUCAUUAUAUGCUCUGACAUAAACUGGUAUGCACACAAUAGUAAAUAUAUUUGUAAGAUGGAAGGAAACUACUGCACUGAUAAAAUACGUGCUGAUACCAAACGCCACCAAGUUCAAGAUGGAAGAUUCAAGUUGUAUUCAAAUAUAAAAAAAUAUUUCGUAGUACUGAUCAGAAAGUUGAAGCCACAGGAUGCUGGAACAUACAGAGUUGGAUUGGGGAAUCAGAGUAACUCCACUGUGAACCUAAAAGUUCUUAAUAAUGCAUCUUGUGGGGUGCCAAAAAUAAUGAACGCUUAUCUUGGCCAGAAUAUCACCAUCACCUGUAACUAUCCAGGGGAGUAUGAGAGAAACAACAAAUUUCUCGACACAGUGGAUGAUGACAGUUUUGUUCAAAGCAUUCUGUACACUGGCACAAACCUGAAGAACGGCAGAUUCUCCAUUUCUGAUGACAGAAAUGCAAAAGUUCUCAGUGUGAACAUCAGCGACGUGAGAGAAACUGAUGAAGUAUUUUAUUUACUUGGCGUGUGGAUUGGAGACGGGUCAGUCAGAUAUCUCUCCUACUUUAUCGAGAUGUGGCUACAUGUUACAGGAGUGAGCGCAACCGUUCAACCAGUAACAGGCACCUACACGAUGACAUCAGCAGCACCGACAGAAACUCCAGUGUGUUUCAGUUCCUCUGUCAUCAUCAUCAUCAUCAUCAUCAUCAGUGUGUGUGUCUGUGUGGCUCUGCUGCUGAUUGGAGGAUUGGCACUGAUGAUCUAUAAACUGAGACACAAGAGAACACACGUUAGUGCGAGGUUCAGCACUGUCAAGAGUCAAGAGUAAACACGACUGUGAUGUUCACAACCAUGUUGGUCACAAAUCAGUGUUGGUUUGAUGACAGGAGGAGUUUAGCUUCUAUUCUGUACUAUUCUGUAUGUGUGGUGU